CUGCUGCAUGCAUGAGGGCUGCAUAGCUAGAUAGCUGGCUAACCCUAGCUGAUCUGUGUGAGCACUCUUUGAGAACGUUUCAUUGACAUUAAACAAAAGCUACCAGUAAUUGUAAUGCAUUUCUCUAAAAAAUGCUCGGUGUUUAAGGUGGUGCUCAGUGCCCUUCUCAUUGUUGCACUGUUGCAGCUUUUAUAUCUGUCUUUCCUCUCAAAAUUGCACGGCAAACAGCAGCGCUACAAGUAUUCGGAGCUCUUCGGCUCCAAAAAGACAGCAAACCAAGGAGAGAAGAACCCCAGGCGGGAACAUCUCAGGUACUCUUUAUCCACAGGUGGGAUCUUCGAUGGGAGCGGACAGUACCGCGUGUAUAAAAACCUAAUCAAAAGCGACUUCUCGACCAAUCAGAAGCCAGGAGCGGAUCCCAGAUCGCACCACCUGGCUUUGGCCACGCAUACGACUAUCAACAACCUUCACCAUUUGAGCUCUUUGUUGGAGCGCUGGCAGAAUCCUCUAUCCGUCGCGAUAUUCGCCAACGGCCAAGAUGUCAAGUUCGCCACGGCGUUCGUUUACGCCCUCAGCAUUUUCUGCCCACAGGUUCAAGCGUUGGUGGACUUCCAUCUGGUUUGCCACUCAGGUGAAAUGGCCAGUUUUCCAGACCAGGAUCGAGAGCAUUUUGCCGGUCUGGAGGAGAUGGGCUGCUCCGGCAUCUUCGCCAAGCUCAAAUCCCACCGAGACAAGUAUAAGAACUACGCCAUCGGCAGCAAUGUCUCGUACCCCAACAACCUUCUCCGCAACGUGGCCCGCAGCGGCACAGACGCCGCCUACAUCCUGGUCAUCGAUAUCGACAUGAUACCCAGUGCCAAUCUGCACCACCAGUUCGUGACCAUGCUGAUGAGGCGCGAACCGGCCGCGGACGAGGUCCUCGUGCUUCCCGCGUUCGAGAUCAGGCACACUCGUAAGAUGCCCGCGACCAAGUCGGAGCUGGUGCAGCUCUAUCAGGUUGGCGAGGUGCGGCCGUUCUACGAUGAACUUUGCCCUCGCUGUCAAGCUCCCACUAACUACUCACAGUGGGUCAACCUGGCCAGCAAGAGCUCUGGGCCGCUGGAGGUGGCGUACACCAUAAACUGGGCCGAUCCGUGGGAGCCUUUCUACAUCGGUGCUCGAACGGUUUCUCUCUAUGAUGAGAACUUCAGGCAGUACGGCUUCAACCGCAUCAGUCAGGCCUGUGAGCUUCACAUCGCCGGUUACCGGUUCUCUGUGGUGAGCAAUGCGUUUGUGGUGCACAAAGGGUUCAAGGUCCAGGGAGAGUUUCACAGCAGAAAGGACGAGGAGAACCGGAAGAACCGCAUCCUCUUCCGCAGCUUCAAGGAGAGCCUGAAGGCCAAGUAUCCCAACUCGCCUCGCCACUGCUGAGAAAACAGACGGUGAUGAGAGAGAUCACGUCUAACCCUGACCAACAUCUUCCAGACUUUAUGUGCGAAUCAUAGAUGCACAAAACUGAAGCGAAGAACCGGUUUGUAUCUCCACUCAUUUCAAAACCUGAAAAACUGCAGUCAAAGGAGAUGUACUUGAAUGCUCAUUAUUUUAUCUACAAGCUGAAGACAUGAUCCUUCAUGCUUUUAAUGAGAGAAACUUAAUAAAGAUGGUCUUUUUUUAUUUAUCAUUUUUGUUUUCAGUACAUUUGUGAAUCCUUUGGGUUUUGAGGGCAAGAUACAAAUGUCUUCAAAGGUAACUUAUUUAUUUAUUAGAUUUUUUAUGCUAUUUUCCAUCUCACUUUUCUGAGGUUUUCACUGCAUUUUAAUUUAUUUUUUCACUUCCCCCCCCCAAAUUGAAGGCAAGACACCCCGAGUGAAAUUUACUAUAUUAUCAUACUUUUCUAGUUAACUG